ACUCUUGUUGCCAACUUCUUUUGGGUGGCGCUAACUUCGCUUUGAUGUCCAUGGACGUCGCUGGAUUCUGGGUAAGGCUUACGGCCUUACUCUCGGUUUUCGACACAAACAAAAGAGCGAACUCGGGCCCAUCACUUGACACCCGGUUCCGGCUGUUCACGCGCCAGAACCCCCACAAGCCUUACUUCUUGGUCGCCGCAGAGCGCGACAGCAUCCUGAACUCCACGUUCAGCGCAAAAUGGGACACCAAGAUAUACAUCCAUGGAUACCUCAACAGCGGGAAGCUACUCGCACCAGAAAUGGAGCUGAAGGACCGGUUCCUUGUUCGUGGCGACUACAAUAUUAUCAUGGUGGACUGGGGCCGCAAGUCUCAAGACCUGUACGGCCGCGUGGUGAACCUGGUUGUUCCUGAAGUGGGACAGCAGCUGGCAGCCUUCAUCCGUGUCGUGCAGAACGUGACAGGGGCUAGCUGGAACAGCUUUCACCUGAUUGGCUGCAGCAUAGGAGCCCACGUCGCUGGCUUUGCGGGGAAGUACCUCAACGGUCAAAUCGGACGUAUAACUGGUCUGGACCCCGCCUCUCCACGCUACAAGAAUCUGCCUCCGCAAAAAAGGCUGUCACGGACAGAUGCCCAAUUCGUGGAUGUCAUUCACACAGACAUCUACGGCGUGGUGCCCUUCGGGGGCUUCGGACUGAAGGAGCCGAUCGGCCACAUCGACUUCUUUCCCAACGGCGGUGACAGGCAGCCAAACUGCUCCAGGGCGGAUCUUCUGUGCGAACACUUGCGUUCGUACGACUACUACAUGGAGACGAUUGCGACGGCCGCACCUUGCGCCAUGGUGGGCUUCGUGUGUACGGACUGGCCAUCCUUUGUGGCUGGUCGCUGCACCGACUGCGGGGCGCGCAACGACCGCUGCCUGCGGUUCGGAGAGCCCGCGGUGCAACACCGGGAGCUGAGUGACGCUUCGCGCUCGCUGCUCGUCUACCUGCGCACUGCCGGGUACUACCCGUACUGCGUGUACCACUACGAGGUGAGGUUGGAGGUGAUUGCUGAUGUGGCCAGGCGGUAUAGCCUGCACAACUCGUCGCUGACAGUCACGCUGGGACCGAAAGUACAGCUGCACGUACCUCUCGUCGUUGAUGCGUAA